CAGGCAGUCACUGAAUGCACCCUGGCCUGGCCUGACGCUGUCUAGUCUGGACUGACACUUACUUACUGAGUACCGUAGACCUACCGUAGCGUUCCCUAUGAAUCAUUUGUGGCUCUACAUACGAGCAGCGAAGGAGAAAGAAACAGAACACUUUUUUGGCUGACUGUUCUUGCUCACCAUGGCAGACGAAAGUGAAGCCAAGUCCAUGGAGGUAGCAUAUAAGUAUUAUCCUUUUGGAGAGGUUAGAGGUAGCAAUCCUCUUCCCAGUGCUUGGAAUUCGAAAGACAAAGGGUCUUAUAUUGGACUCAGCAAAAAUUCUCUUCGAGUUCACUAUAAAGGGCCUUCAAAAUCAAGCAGAGACGCAUCUUGUGCUCGCACAAACUACCAUAUUCCUGUUGCCUGUGGAUUGUACUAUUAUGAAGUGAAAAUUUGCAGCAAAGCGAAAGAGGGGUCAUUCUCCAUUGGUUUUGGACCGAAGAAAGCCAGCAUCGAGCGAUUACCAGGCUGGGAGGACUGUUCGUACGGAUUUCACACGGACGACGGCCAAGCGUACAAUUCGAACACGGCCAGAGAGGGAUACGGGCGGAAAGUCGGUGCUGGCGAUGUGGUCGGUUGCGGACUGGACUUUGUGAAGAAAAAUGUUUUCUACACCGUCAACGGUGCCAAUUGUGGUCUUGCCCAUACCAACCUUCACCUAAACAAGGAUACAAGGAUCUUCCCAAUGAUUGGGCUGACCUUGUCGAGUGAUGCAGCCGAGGCCAACUUUGGAGAUCGCAAGUUUGUGUUCGAAAUCGAUGCUCUCCACGAGGCGAGAAAGAAGCAGUUCUGUGCGCAGAGCUUUGGAUUUCAGCUGGGUGAGGAGCAUGCCAUGGCUGUCGCGGGCAUGAGGACCAUGGUCUUGUCCUACCUCACCACCCACGGUUACCUGGACACGGCGCGCAACAUGGCCCACGGUGCAGGCAACCGACUCCACGAGAACAGUGCGUUUGACCAGAACCGUCGAGAGAUUGUUGAACUGAUUCUGGGCGGUCAAAUCAGCUCGGCUCUGGCUGCCAUCAGCGACAGCUACCCUCAAGUGCUGACCGAGAAGAGCGAGCUUUCCUUUCGCCUGCACUGCCAGCAGUUCAUUGAGAUGGUGAAGCAGGUGGACGACGGCCGCGGACGAAUCGCGGUGACGCCCUACAACCGCCAGCAAGCGUCCACGGCCAGCGCAGGAGGAGACAUGUGGGGCACGAGCAGCACGGGUGUGUCUAACCAACGCCCGGGCCGCGUAAGGGCUACCACCGGCAGUGAUCACUCGCCGCCGUUGCCCGCGAGUGGCGAUGGAGUGAUGGACGAGGAUCGACUGACCUUGCCAUCUCUCAAUGGCCAUUCUAAGAGCACCGACAGUGGUGGUGAUCACGGAGGAGAAGCAGAGUCGGUACUUUCGCACCCCACAGCCUGUGCCAGUCCGCGUAACGGCGGCAGUGACACGUCGAUGGAAGUGGACGUGGUCGGCCUGGACGACUCCGAUGACGCCAGUGUUGUGAGAGAAAUGCCAAUGGAUGACGGAGAUGGGGCGGCGGUUCCUACGGGCGGCGUGCAAGCGGCUACCAGCAGUAGUGGCCCUCAGCUAGCGGGUAGCUCAGAUGAGUGUAAGGGCAGCGACGACCCCAACGGCGACGACUCUAUGAAUCGGAUUCUCGAGUACGGCGUCUCUCUUCAGAAAGAGUUUGACGAUCUCCUGGUGGUUCGCGUUCACCUGGACGAGCAGAAGAGAGUGGCCGAAAGCCUGCGGACGUUGGUCAAGGAUGCAUUCAGUCUAAUCGCGUACGAGGACCUGAGCAAGAGUCCCAAACAGCAUCUCCUGGAUCAGAGUCACAGGGACGACCUGUCGUUAGAGGUGAACAGCGCUAUCUUGGAAUCUCAGAAGAUCAUGCCCGUAUCCACACUAGAGUUAACAACGCGUCACUUGCGCUACUGCCUGCAGACAAACGCAGACAACGGCACGAUACCGGUCUUUCCGCUUGCCGUCGACGAUUUCAGCAAGGGCUCCCUGAAGGAGUUUACGGAAACGGAAACGAAGCCGGAGUCGUAGACGGCAGUGCUGCUGGACUGACCUAGUGUGUCCAAUCUAUCAGCCUUGCUGCUAUUCGCUGACAUCCGGCACUGCGUGUUGGUGAGCCACUGCUGCUGAUGCCGCUGCUGAUGACGCCGGUGCUGCUGAUGCCGCUGCUGCUCUAUCAAGUUGGGGUAUCCCCUAGUGCCCGCUACCAAUCUAUCUGUUUUUAUCAUGCAUCGAAACUAGCAUCUGUAUCCGUAUGUCCUCGCUGUUGUUCUUGUUUGUUGUCAUUGUCGUCGUCGUUACUGCGGUUGUUGUUGUCGCCAUCUGUAGCAGUGGCAGUAGUGCUGUGGUUGCCCUCUCCCUUCCCCCAGAAUCACUGCCCCUGUCCGUUUCUUUUGCUGUUGCUCUAACCCAUCGGUGCAUCCUUGACUCUGGUCUAUCAAGUACCAUUCAAACUUAUAAUCAAUAUCAACCUCCGAAGUCAUUGAAGCUUGUACAUACGACAUGCUAAUAUCCUAACCCUCAUCAACCUCAUUCAUCAAAAUUAAUUUUAUCAUGCUGAUCAGCUGUGAAUAGUGACGAAAAUAAAUUGCGUUCGCUCUCUGUACAGUGUAUAUUUAUAAAGAAAAACGGCUCGCUAGCGGGCAAUUCCCGAACGGCGGCGGCCAUCAUCUUCAUUAGAAACGAGUAUCCGGUAGCUCGACUCGAUGGAAUGCUGCUUCAUCUGCAGUACACGCAAACAAUCAGUUCUUUUUUAUGCUUUUUAUUAUAGCGUUAUCUCUCAUAUCCUCACGUCACUCAUUUCAUUUGUUACCUCGUCGCCAUCAGUAGGCGACAUCUCACGGUGUAUAGGUCCAUACUUAUAUAGUCACCUGCUCAAUUGCUCCUGCAUCACUCAUGCCCAUGUAAGUGGCAGUUGCCAAAUGCUACCAUCCGUCUUGUGUUUUUUUGCCUUUUUUUAGUGCAGUGUGCAUUGUGUUUAACUGUCUUUACUCUGUGCGUGCGCGUAUGUGUGUGUACGCGUGCUGCUGUACAAUCAUGGAUAUUUCAUCUUCUGCUUUGAGGGUUCUUUUAAUUAUUGCAUGACGUUCAGAGAAAAUUAAAGAAACGAUUCUGGUCUUAU